UCGUUCUCCUUGUCGAGACGGCUCGUCGUUGUAGUCUAUCAUCAGUCUCUCUCCUCUUCCCCGCCUUUGCUGCUUCGACCCUCCACUCCUGGACCCUUUUACAGAGGAGGCGAGUGUAGAGUCACCGCGUAGACGGGGUCCACCACGUGUCCGAAUCGCAUAGGCUACAUGCCCUCCUCCUCCCUCGUCCCCCCACUGCGCCCGUCGUCGUCGUCCUCCUCCUCCUCCGCCGCCGUUGCCCAGAGGAUCAUCCACGCUCUCAACACGUGCACGUCCCCCUCGGAGCUCCGCCGCGCCCUCUCCCUUCUCCUCGUCCGCCGCCUCGUCCCCCCCUCCCCCUCCGUCCGCUUCACCUUCCCCCUCCUCCUCUCCGCCCUCUCCGAGCCCCGCCACGGCCUGAUGGUCCACACCCACGUCGUCAAAUCCGGCUUCGGCCGCGACCUCUUCGUCCGCAACUCCCUCCUCCGCCUCUACUGCUGCCGGGAGGGCGACAUGGCCGCCGCCCACCAGCUGUUCGACGAGAUGCCCCAGAGGGACGUCGUCGCCUGGACCACCCUCAUCACCGGGUACAAGAACUGCGGCCGCCCCGACGACGCCAUCGCGCGCUUCUCCCUCCUCAUGGAGCUCUCGGCUUCCGGGGCGGCCCCCGCGCCGAACCGCGUCACCAUGGUCGGCGCCCUGGGCGCGUGCGCGGCGCGCGGCGCGGUCGACGUAGGCGCCCGGAUCCACGACUACGUGAGGGCCCGGAGAUGGGAGCUCGACGUGGUGCUCGGCACGGCGCUCGUGGACAUGUACGCCAAGUGCGGGGCCGCGGAAGCCGCCCUGGCGGUGUUCGGCGCCAUGCCCGAGCGGAGCGCGGGCACGUGGAACGCGCUCAUCGUGGGCCUCGCGCGCGCGCGCGGGGGCGCGGAGGCGCUGCGGUGGUUCGCGCGCAUGGAGGAGGAGGAGGAGGAGGAGGGCGAGGCCGCGCCCGACGCGGCCACGAUCACGGCGGUGCUCUCGGCGUGCGCCCACUCCGGGCUCGUGGACGCAGGCGUCGCGAUCUUCGGGCGCGCGGCGCGCGGCGGGUACGCGUUCGGAGCGCCGACGGUGAGGCACUACGGGUGCGUGGUGGACAUGCUGGGGCGCGCGGGGCGGGUGGCGGAGGCGGCGGCUGUGGUGCGGGCGAUGCCGUGCGCGCCGAGCGCGGCGGUGUGGGGGGCGCUGCUGGGGGCGUGCCGGGCGUGCGGGGGGAUGCGGCGGAGGCGUGGAGGGCGAUUAGGGUGCAGGGGCGGCGGAAGGACGCCGCGUGGAGCCUUGCUGCUGCAGACUCUGAUGAUGCAGAUGCCCACAAGGAUGAUGUUCGGAGCCUCACCGCCACCACGGGCCCCAUGGAGUCUGACGUGGACGAGGUGUCGAAUGUAAGUGAUGUCUAUUGAGAGGACAAUGGUGGUGCGCCUGAAUUAAUUGGUACGAAAUUAUGCAACUUUGGUUUGCUCCUGUCCCUGUCUUGCAGAGCGCUGCACCGCACCCCACUGCCAAAUUUGGGCUCGCGGGGCUCAAAAUUAUCGGAAAUUUUCUUUGGAGCUUCUCUUAUCUGAUAUAUAUUCUGAAAUGAUGGUGAUAA